AUGAAACAAACUUGUUUAGUUUAAGGUAAGUUGGUCAUAUAUUUUUAGAGCCAAAGGUGAUAUCUAAAUUCAAGAAAUUUAUAUAAUUUCAUAAAUCAAGUAUUUAUUUUUUUGUAAAUUAAAACUUUAUCUGUACAUAUAUUGAAUAAAGAAAAUAAAAUUGUACAAAAUUUAAAUCUACAAUCAAGAUAUUUUAUGGUGAUUAUUAUAUGCUAUAUAGUAAAAAUUAAAAAAAAAAAUAUUAUUUUAUUAAGUCUAUUUCUUAAAAAUAAAAAAAUGAUUAUCUAUUUAACAUUAAAAAGCAUCUAUUGGGGAAUUAUCAAAGAAUUUCUGUAUUAUUAUCUAUCAAAGUUUAAUAGAUAUUGUAAUUCCAAUAUUUUUUUGAAUAAGAAUAAGAUACUAUGAAUAUAAAUACCUGUAAUUAAAGAUUCUAUUUGGAUAUUUAAUAAAAUUUUUUAAAAAUGUCAUAUUGUAUUUUCAAUUUAGUCUUAUGGGGAAUGAUAGUGAUGGCUGAAGACACUUAUAAUUUUCCACUAUAAUCAAAUUAGCCUAACAUCAUGUUCUUAGAUGAUUAUACACCUUAAAAAUUUUAGGCUCCCUUAUAUUAAUUGGAACGAAAUAAUGAAUUUAAUUUGAGUAUUUAGUAAUCUGCUUUGCCACUCUAGGAAGGAAAAAUAAAUUUGAGUAUUUUAUUAUAUAUUUUAUAUAGAUGGGAAAAUAUUAUCAGCUAGCAAUUAUAUUACGGAAUCUCAAUUAAGUUCUAAUAAAUUUUGGGCACUAACAAAAAAUAAUCUAUAUUAAGGAUUGCUUGAGAGCAAUGGAAGUCUAAACUUCAAUAUAGUACCAAUCAGCCUUGCUUAAUUAAGUAUUUCUAUGAAUUAUUGUAGGUUGUUUUUAUAUUAAUUUAAUAACAGAGAGUAUGGGAAUGAUAAGUUGUCUUAAAAAAAAUAAUUUGAAUUUUGUAUUCACUAAUUAUUCUAACUCUUCGAUUCAAAUAUUUGCAACAAAUUUUACCUUCCCUAAAAAAUAUAGUAAUAGAAAAAUUAAUUUGCAAUAUGUUAAUGAAAAUACAUUUUAUAUUUAUUUAACUUAUGUCACUAAAGAAAAUGCUUCAGUUAUUUGUUUUAGUUACAAUUAAAAACAAGUGUAAUAAAUAACUCAAUAAGUUUAUAAUGGCACCUAUAUUUAAGCUGUUUUAUCUGAAGAUUUUACUUAUCUAUUUUUGAUGAGUAAAAAAUCAGUUUAUCUUAUAAAUUUAUCAAUCAAUAAUAACUUAAGAGAAAUAGCUAAUUAUAAAACAACGACACAUAAAUUAAAUGAGCAUUUCACUAAGAUGGCUGCAUAUUAAUUAACAACAAAUAUUUUUCAUAUUGUAUUGUUAUAAAAUAAAUAUUUGUCAUAAUUGUAUUAUGAUACUUAACUAAAAGAGUAGACAUAGAAUAUAAAAAAUUUCAUUUUGAAUCAAUAUGAAAAAGUAAUUUAACUAGUAAUUAACUUAAAUUCAAUAUAUGUAGUUACUAAUAAUUAUAUAACUAAAUUAGACUCAGUUUCAUCAAUAAAACCUACAAAUUAUUUGAACUAUUCAUUAGCGAAUAUGGCACUAAUAUAAUUUGAAAGAUAAAUUGCUAUUCUUAUAGAUACAAGUGAGUAAUCGACUAAAUUUUAAAGUAUUUUGUUCAAUAAGCCAUAAAUUUAGAUUAAUUUAGAUUAAACUCAAUAAAUAACAUAAAACUUUUAGGUAGUCAAACUUAAAAUAAAAAUAAUUUCAUAAUUUUUGCGUGAAAUUGAAGAUUAUUUAUCUUUAAAUAUAGUAAUAACAGAUAUUAGUUAAACUUAAUGUCCCAUCUCAUUUUCUAAUGAUUUUCCUACUGCUAAUUUAGUUUAUCCAUAAAUAAAAACAAUCAAAGCUAACUAAAUGAUGCUAGGCCCAAACAUUACAACAGCAAUUACUUCAUCAGAUAAAAAUUACUUGACUGUUUAAAAAUCUAACAUAAAUAAAUAUACAACACAAUCAAAUGAAUCCUUUUCAGUUAUGUGUGCUGUAUAUAGAUCUAACAUUAUUACAUGUUCUUAAAGUUAAAGUGAAAUCAGAAUUUCCUACUCAUAAUCUUAAUUAGUUUCAAAGUCUAACACUUAUUUUGUUGUUCCAGUAAAUUUCAAUGAAAGUCUUGUCCAAUGUACUUGUUCUUAAACAUUAUUAUAAAUUGAAGUCGUUAUGCAAUUUACAAACUAUGUGCUUAUUUAGACUAUUAAUUAUGGAUUAUAAUAAUAAGGUUUGUAUUAGUAUUCAUUCAAUCAGUCGAUUUUAAGUUCAGCAUUUCUGGAAUAGACAUUAUUUGUAAUCACUAAUAAUAAUAUUUUAUCAGCAUAUUCAAAAAGCAAUCUUAAAACACCAAAAUUUACUAUAGAGAAUUACCAAUUCAAUUAAAUCUACUUAAACAAAAUAAAUUAUCCAAAUUAUCUUUUUAUUGAUAAUUAAUAAAACUUAGUCAUUUUGUCAUAUAAUGGAUAUUCAUCCUGUUAGUUUGUAAAUUAGAUUGCAUAUCCAUAACUAAGUUAUUAAUAAAUAAAAUUAGGCAUUUUAAAUAAUGGCAUUUAUAUAGCUUUAAUUAACUAAUAGUAAAAUACAUAAUUGUAUUAUUAUCCUAUUUAGUCUAUGUUUAUUGCUAAUCCAAUCCAAACAUAUUAUGAAUUGAAUUUAUAGGGCUAUUAAUUUGCUUUUUCUAAUCUUUAGACCGCAUAUACUUAACGUCAUUUUUACAUUAUUUUAUAUAAAUCCACAUCAGUUUAUUGGGCUUAAUAUUAAGGAAGUGGAUCUUCAUUUGUCGCCUUAGUUUAAUCAAACUGGAUAUCAACUUUUUCAAGUUUGAGUUAUAUAGGCUCUAUUAGUGCGGUUGAAUUUCAACAAUAGGCAUAAGAAAUCGAGUAUCUUUAAAUAUGCAAUACUACAAAUGAAAUUAAAAAGUAUGUGAUCACAGAUUGGAGUGUUGCGUUGACCCCUCAAUAUCAAGCUAAUUAGCUUAGUGUAUAAACAUAAGUUAGUUACAAUUCAUCAAAUUAGUAAUGUUCGUAUGUUAAACAAUAAGAUGUAACAAUACUUUAUGAAAAAAAAGUAAUUCUGCCUCGUCUUUAUGAUACAGAAAAAAAUAUAGUUGGAUUAUAAAUGAAUUAGAGUCAAUUCACCUUGAAUCCAUUAGAAGUUUUUAAUGGGAAUAUUGAUAAUUAUACUGCAACUUGCAAAAACUGUUAAUAAUUCAAUUAUACUGAACCAAUUAAUUAUCAAAGUUCAGGGUAGUUAAACAUUUAUUUACAAGGAAUAGUCUAAAUAAAUGAGACAUUUCUUUAUAUAUAAAAUAACAUAAGUGUAUACUUAAUGGAAUAUUCAACAGGAUAAAUAACAAAAUUAUACGAUUUUCCUAAAAAAAUUGAAAAAUGUUUUACUCUAUUUGUUGAAUUAGUCUCUUAAUUUCCAAUUUCUAUUUGUUCAAAUUCAAUUAUAUAUAGUUAUAACCUGACAUCUCAAACUAUUUUGCAAUAUGAUCUCACUAAUUUAUCGCUACUUUUCCUUAAAUACUACAAUGGUGGCAUUUUAUAAAUAAUUGCUUCUUCAAAUAAUAUCAACUAUAAUUACUAUUAAUAUUACUUAUAAAUCUAAGAUAAUUAAAUCAUAUUAACCCAAAUUUAUUCUUAUCUUAGGUUUUAAUAAGUUCCUUUAAUAGAUCAAUUGAUUAUAAAAUUAUCCUCUAAUUUUACUUCGGAUCCAUGUUANCCAAUCCAAACAUAUUAUGAAUUGAAUUUAUAGGGCUAUUAAUUUGCUUUUUCUAAUCUUUAGACCGCAUAUACUUAACGUCAUUUUUACAUUAUUUUAUAUAAAUCCACAUCAGUUUAUUGGGCUUAAUAUUAAGGAAGUGGAUCUUCAUUUGUCGCCUUAGUUUAAUCAAACUGGAUAUCAACUUUUUCAAGUUUGAGUUAUAUAGGCUCUAUUAGUGCGGUUGAAUUUCAACAAUAGGCAUAAGAAAUCGAGUAUCUUUAAAUAUGCAAUACUACAAAUGAAAUUAAAAAGUAUGUGAUCACAGAUUGGAGUGUUGCGUUGACCCCUCAAUAUCAAGCUAAUUAGCUUAGUGUAUAAACAUAAGUUAGUUACAAUUCAUCAAAUUAGUAAUGUUCGUAUGUUAAACAAUAAGAUGUAACAAUACUUUAUGAAAAAAAAGUAAUUCUGCCUCGUCUUUAUGAUACAGAAAAAAAUAUAGUUGGAUUAUAAAUGAAUUAGAGUCAAUUCACCUUGAAUCCAUUAGAAGUUUUUAAUGGGAAUAUUGAUAAUUAUACUGCAACUUGCAAAAACUGUUAAUAAUUCAAUUAUACUGAACCAAUUAAUUAUCAAAGUUCAGGGUAGUUAAACAUUUAUUUACAAGGAAUAGUCUAAAUAAAUGA